UUCCCCCUCCCCAGACCCUGACGCCACCUUCUCCUCUAUCACACAGCUCAGCAGCAGUAUAGCCUCCCCCCUCGUCUCCCUUUCUUUGUCUCUCUCGGUCUUAAGAAUCCAACGCGGCCGUCGGAGGCGCAUUGCUCUUCUUGGCUUAUCUCCUCGCCUCUCCUUCCUUUGCUCCCCCGUCCCCGCCGGACUUGGAGCUACAGUUUCUGGAGCUGCUGCUGCUGGCGGUGGCGGUGAUCGCUUUGGUGGCGGUCAGCAAUGGGGAGGAGCAGCCGCGCCUGCUCCGUUCUUGGUUCGGCCCUGCUCCUGCUGCUGCUGUCUCUGGGCUUCGCCGCUGCGCAGAAGGGCUCGACUUGGAAGACCCUGAGUGGCAAUCCUCCAGCAAUCAUUGCUAAGGGCGGGUUCUCGGGCCUAUUUCCCGAUUCCAGUAGUCUUGCUUACGUGUUGUCGGUUGAAAGCUCUCCAAACGCAGCUCUGUGGUGUGAUGUUCGGUUAACCAAGGAUGGCACUGGCAUCUGCCUUCCAAACAUAAAUAUGGAUAACUGUACGAAUAUAGCCAAUGUUUUUCCACAGGGGAAGAAGACCUACAAUGUUAAUGGUAAAUCUACGGCGGGGUGGUUCUCGGUGGACUAUAACAGCACUGAUCUGCAGGAAGUAUAUUUGAUCCGUUCGAUCUUAUCUCGUACACCCAGAUUUGAUGGAAUGCCUAUACUUCCUGUUGAAGCAGUUUUGUCCGAAUAUAAGGCCCCUGCUGUUUGGUUAAAUGUGCAGCAUGACAGUUUCUACAGCCAGUUUAAUCUUAGCAUGAGAAGCUAUAUCCUGUCUACAUCAAGACGCUUUGUUGUUGACUACAUCUCAUCGCCUGAAGUGAAAUUCCUCAAAAGCAUAUUUGGAAGAGUUGGCAGGAAGACAAAGCUUGUGUUCCGUUUUCUUGAUGAAGGUUCUAUUGAGCCAUCUACAAACCAGACAUAUGGCUCAAUGUUGAAAAAUCUAACAUUUGUCAAGACUUUUGCUUCUGGAAUACUUGUCCCCAAAAAAUAUAUCUUGCCUGUUACAGAAGAUAAUUACCUGCUGCCGCAUACUUCAGUCGUUGAUGAUGCUCAUAAAGCAGGGCUACAAAUCUAUGCUGCUGAUUUUUCAAAUGAUAUUUUGAUCAGCUACAACUACAGCUAUGAUCCAUUAGCAGAAUAUCUUUCCUUCAUUGAUAACGGUGCCUUCUCUGUUGAUGGUGUAUUGACUGAUUUCCCUAUUACCCCUUCAGAGGCAGUUGGUUGCUUCAGUAACCUGAACAACAGCAAGACAGAUCAUGCAAAACCGCUAGUUAUCUCUCACAAUGGUGCUAGUGGUGACUACCCAGACUGCACCGACCAAGCUUAUGUAAAGGCAGUUGCUGAUGGUGCAGAUGUAAUUGACUGUUCUGUUCAAGUGACCAAAGAUGGCAUACCAAUAUGCAUGAGUUCCAUUGACCUAAUGCAUGUUACUAAUGUUGCAACUUCACAAUUUGCUUCGCGAGCAGUUACCAUACAAGAUAUUAAGGCUGCUCCUGGUGUCUUUACGUUCAACCUCACUUGGGAUGAGAUUUCGAAGAACCUGAAGCCCUCGAUAUCAAACCCAAUGAGCAUAUACUCACUAUCCAGGAAUCCCAGAAACAAGAAUGAAGGAAAUUUCAUGAGAUUAUCAGACUUUUUGGCCUUUGCAAAAGGAAAAGAUUUGUCAGGAGUCAUGAUCAGUGUAGAGUAUGCUGCAUUCAUGGCAGAGAAACUUGGUUUUGGUGUGGUGGAUUCGGUAAUCAAAGCCCUUGAUGACUCUGGUUACAGCAAACAGACGGCCCAGAAAGUUAUGAUUCAGUCAAGCAACAGCUCGGUUCUAGUGAAAUUCAAGCAGCAAACUAAGUACAACCUUGUCUACAUGAUCGACGAAGAUGUCAGAGAUGCUGCACCUUCCUCCCUUGCAGAUAUUAAGAAGUUUGCUGAUGCUGUUUCUGUUCGCACAGCGUCCAUUUUCCCAGUGACCAAAAAUUUUCUGAUAAACCAGAGCAAUGAUCUUGUUCAUUCCCUGCAGUCUGCUGGCCUUCCAGUUUAUGCUUAUGUGCUCAUGAAUGAGUUCGUUUCUCAACCAAUCGACUUCUUCUCAGACGCCACUGCACAGAUAAUUGCUUAUGUGCAAGGUGCUGGAGUUGACGGACUCAUCACUGAUUUCCCUGGGACUGCUCACAGAUACAAAUUGAACAACUGCAUGAACAUGGGAAACAACACGCCAAUCUUCAUGCAGCCUGCCCAGCCAGGUGGCCUCCUUUCGAUCAUGGCCAAAGCUGCACUGCCGCCAGCAUCGGCCCCAAUGCCACUUCUGACGGACUCUGACGUUGCAGAACCACCCCUACCUCCAGUCAGCAAUACUACAGCUCCAUCACCAAACGCUUCGCAAGCUCCAUCAUCAAAAGCUUCGCACUCCGCCCUCAGAAUGCGGAGUGAUGUUUCGAUCCUCGUCACAGUGCUGAUGCUAUGUACUUCUCUCCUGAUGUGAGGGCAGCCUUGCACAUGCCGGCAUGACACGCUAGAGCUCUGAGAAUUCACGUCGAGCUUCUAAUAGCUAUUCUUUCCACCACUUUUAUUUAGCCAUUCUUUUUUUUGUUUUUGCUGUAUUUUGAGGGAUGGAUGUCGAGCUUGAUACCUCGAUGGUGACACUUCUGUGUGCUGCCCCUAGCUACAUUUUGGUACAUAUGUGUGGUGAUACAUUGUUCAGGUCAUCUUUCUUCC